CUCCAAACGUGUCAGUCAACCAGUCAGUCGAUUAUUUUUGUGGGGGCGCGUGUGUGUUUGGUGGGGAUGUUGAAGAGAGCCUGUAACCAUCCUUCAUCUCUAUGACCGAGGGACAAGAGAAGCAGAGACGAGGACACGGGGACGCACAGUUUCUAACAGAGGACACUCACCAACCGGUCUGCUUCCUGACAUCACCACUGCUGCUGUCUAUGAGCAGAACUGAGGCAGAGGAGUGGACUGACGAGCAAUCCUGACACACGGAAAAUCCCCGUUGAAGCUCCACCGGCAGCAGCGGCAGCAGCAGCUGACAUCAUGUCCUCUCCUUCCCUCCCCAUGCCCUCUCUGCCCCCCAGCCCUCUGGCCAUGGAGUACCUGAAUGACUUUGACCUCCUCAAGUUUGAGGUGAAAUCUGACACUCCUCCACUCGCUCCUCCGUGUGCGUAUCCCAAAUCUGGCCUCGCCCACGACCCCUCCAGCUCGCCGUACACCAGCCACCCUCCACAGGACUCCAGCCUGAGCUCCAGCCCUUACAACUCGCUGCCACCGUCGCCGACACUCAGCGACGCCCACCCGCCUCCUUCGGGCUGUUCCUCCCUCUCUUCGUCAUCCUCCUCCAUCUCCUUCCCCCUUUCCAUCUCAAACAGCUUCAACUCUGGAAUCAGCUCUGGCUCUCAGGGAAAUGUGGAGGGCAGCCCGGCCCACAGCGGACCUCAGGGUCCCACUCCGGCCUCACUGGAGGACCUGAUCUGGCUGGCAGCGCUGCAGCAACAGUUUGGUGGGGAGGUGACAGGGCCAGCUACCCUGCUGGGAGCCUUGGGAGGGGUCCCAGAGAGAGGGGACAGGGAGAGGGGGCCGGUAAACGGCUUUCUGGGCUGUGAGGAUGCUGUGGAGGCUCUGCUGAACUCGGCUGCUGCAGCUGUCAGCUCACAGUUUCCAGGUCUUUCUCAGAGCUCGAACAGCAACCUGGGAGACUCCAGCAGCGACAGCGGAGGUGACAUCUCCUGCACCAAGGGGACCGACAUGUGCCACCGCCCGCUCGUCUUCCUCUCAUCGGCGCCUGGCUCGCUCCCCAACUCCGACCCGGCCUCGGCCCCCUACCCGCCGCCCCUCAGCCCCCAGGGCCGCCUUCAUCACCACCAGCAUCACCAUCACCAGCACCACCCGCACCACCCGAUGCACGGCAACCAUCACCAUCAUCACCACUCACAAAUCAAUCAGGUACACGGGUGUGGGGUGAACGACCGCUUCUCUGACGAGCAGCUGGUGAGCCUGUCGGUGCGCGAGCUCAACCGACACCUGCGUGGCGUGAGCAAGGACGAGGUGGUGCGCCUGAAGCAGAAACGCCGCACACUAAAGAACCGCGGCUAUGCCCAGUCCUGCCGCUACAAGCGCUUGCAGCACCGCCAUGCUCUGGAGUCAGAGAAACACGUGCUCACACAACAGCUGGAGCAGCUGCAGUGUGAGCUGACGCGAGUGCUGAGGGAGCGAGACGCCUACAAGGCUCGCUACGAGAAGCUCCUCAGCACAAACCAUGGCGGCGGCGGUGGCGGCGGCGGCGACGUCCCGCCGACUCGCGCCAGCAACCCACCUUCCCCGCCACCUGACUACUUCCUCUGAGUUUUAGCCACAAAAGGGAGGUGGGGGUAAGGGGAAGACUAACCCAGCCAAUGUGGAGCAAAUCAGUGAUGAGCAAUCAGACUUGGGGAAGCAAAGACUUAUGCGUAUGUAUGUGUGUGCAUGUGUGUGUGUGUGUGUGUGUGUGUGUGUACAAGAGGGAAAGUGAGAGACAGUUUUGGGGCUAAAAAACUGUGAAAUCCACCCUGGAAUGACUGAAGGGGAAUUCACUGUUAAAUCAUAGAGUUAGACUCUAGGCUGCUUCUUGGACUCAGUUUGACUUUACUGUGAAUAGACGCACAUAAACUGGCUGAGAGCUCUUUGAGAUUUUUUUUUACCUGUGAUACAAAUACGACUGUGAAGAUGGAUUCCAAAAAAAAAUAGAAGCUUUAAAAUCCUUUCAACAGUCCCUGACACUGCUGAGCAUAUUAUCUAUGCAAUGUACUCUCCGAAUGAGU